AUUCAAAAAUACUAGGCUAUAGAUCUGGAUAUACGUGAAUGCGUGCGUGAAUGCGUGCGUGCGUGGUGGUGCGUUGAGCGCGCGACGUUUGCGGGUUUGUUAGGAGAGCGUGCGGGUUUUUUUUAUUAUUAUUAUUAUUAUUAUUCUGUAAUACGGGGCUGAGUGAAAGUAGUGAGUGAGUGAGUGAUUUGAGGGCGUGUGGUGGAGUGGCUUUUGGCUUCAGGGACAUUCCUGUAAGGAAGAAGCAAGCGCGUGCUUCGAGUAUUCAUGUGAGAACUUUGAACAGGGAGAUAUUCUGGAAAAACAAACAAACAAACAAACAAACAAACGAAACAUCAGCGCGCGCGCGCGCGUGUGUGUGUUGCAUAUAGACGAGCAAGCUUGCCUGUGAUACACGGAUCUUUAUUGCACUUAUACUGCAGUAACCAGAGGCAGGAGAAGCGCUGCGAGUAAACAAGCUUUUCUCUUGGUGCAGCUGAUCUCCCACAGGAGUAACGAUGGAGAAGGUGCUAACAGCGACGGUGCUACCGAGGAGCAGGUUAGGGAAGCGCUCUCCUCUGGGAGCCUUGGUGUGCAACUCUUCAGCAGAGGGUCUUGUGGACGUAGGAGGACACGGAGACACUGACGGAGCUCCUGUGGUUUCCGGGACCGGAGCUGGAGCCCACGGUGUCCACAGGGUCAAACUGUACCCGGGACAGCGGGUGUACGUACAUUGUGGUGGACAAGAGCAUGCUGGUGUUGUGGAGCAGCACAACCACGUGGACAACGAGGUGUCCAUAUUCGUACAGCAGCUCAAUCAGCGCGUACACCGGAAACUGGAGGACGUGUGGUUGAGCCCGUCAGGAAGCGUCGCUCACUCCGUGUCAUCAUCAAUCGACGUGCCAAAAAGGAGCGUAGAGAGCGCGGACAUGGAUGAAAUCAUGGCUGCUAUGGUGCUGACCAGUCUGUCCUGCAGCCCAAUGAUCCAAAGCCCUAUUCAUGGAGAACCAGCUCCAGCGUCCAAUGGGACAGACAGCACUGGUAGUGAAAUGUCCGAUGGUGGUUACUGGAGCUGUGACCACGGAAACAGCAGUCCUGCACCGUCUCCACCUGACGCCGAGGCGGACCGCACCCCUCCUGUCGACGAUGGCCUGGACAUGGAGAUGGAUCAAAUGUUGUUUGAUGAACCAGCACCGAGGAAACGCAAGAACUCUGUGAAGGUGGCGUACAGGUGCCUGUGGCCAAACUGUGGCAAAAUCCUCACCACUAUUGUAGGCAUGAAGCGCCACAUUCGCACUCUUCACCUGGGCAGACAGAACGAACAGGAGCGCUGCCAGAGAGAAGAAGACUUCUACUACACGGAGAUCUACCAGGACGUGGAGCAGUCGUCAGCUCCGGCUGGCUGCGGCUCACCUUCCAGUCCGAGCCAUCAGAGAUCUUCUCCCCCGCCGCCGGAGCCUCUCCAGCCCAGCCCGCUCAGCCAGUCGGCCCCCAGCAGCUUCUGGCAGGUCCACUCCGAGCACUCCUACCAGGCUCCGCCUCCUGUUGGUUUGACUGUGUGUAAAGCCGUGUGUGUGCCCGCGCCGCCUCGCUGGACGCCUCUCGUCACGGCACACCAGAGCAAACAGGCCGCUCCGUUUCGUCGACGUUCAGUCAGCGUAGGAGAGCAAUGGCUCCAGAACAACAGCGCCCCCUCCAGGCCUCCGCACCUCGCCAGUGUUUCGCCUCCGAGAAGCCACUGUGCCACACGGAGGGUUCGAGGCGAGGCUAAAAAGUGCCGGAAGGUGUACGGUAUUGAGCACCGGGAUCAGUGGUGUACGGCCUGUCGCUGGAAAAAAGCCUGCCAGAGAUUUUUGGACUGAAGCUGGUGCUGAGCUGAACGACGUAUGAACCAGAGACUGAGAGGAAAAAAAAAAAAAAAAAAAGAACAAGUGGAUCAGCUUCGCUGCGGUGGAGGGAAACCAGAAGAACAAUUUUUUUUUUUUUAAAUUCUGUACUUUUUGUAUGAGACGUUUUACUGAAAGGUGCAGCGUUCUCUCAUCGGUGCUGAUUUAACUCUGGACUGAUCUACACCACACCUCGUCUCUCUCUCUCUCCGUCAGUCUUCCUGAGGUCGUCGAGGUCGUCUCGGGCUCCACUCAGUGCCGAUUUCUUUCUUCAGCACGCAGCAGCCAUAUUUUUUUGUAAAGGCUCUGAUUAAUCAAGGAUCGUGACACUCCGUAUGGUGAUGAUUGUUUACCGUGAGAGAUUCGCAGUCAUUCCAGAAAACCUGACCGUCUUUCUGUUUUAUUCUUUUCUAUUUUCAGCGAUUCGAAAGAGGUCUCCUUUUUAUGGAAUGACGUCAUUUUUGUUGUUUGUUUUUUCAGGGGAGGAAGUGAACGGCAGCUCGGCGGUGAAAGUGAAUUGUAUGGACGUGCUUUAAAAGCAUCCACGCCUUUAUGUUUAUGUAUGCCAUGUAUACCAGCUAAUAUGCUGUUAUGUGUUUUAUAUACAAACAGAGCAAAAAAAAAAGUUGUUUUUUUUUAUAUUGAGAUUUGUAAUAACUGUGAUUGCAGUUAUGAUCCGUCUAUUUCUAUGUCUAUCUCAUAUCUUACGUGCGAAAGACAUUUUCCUUUUUUGGUUCCAGAUGGUGAAUUUGUCCAAAAUUAAACUAUCAAAGAUAUUUGAUGACAGAUUUGAUUUCACAAAACGUGACCAGUCUUUGUAUUGGGAAUCAGCGAUGAUUGUUUUUGCGCUAUUUAAUUUUUAUUGUACGCUUAAAAGAUUUUUUUUGUUCCAAAUGAAAUCCUUUUCUGUUUUCCUGUUUUUAAUUGUAUUUCUGAUCACUCAGUUAUUAUCACUCAGCUGCACUACUUUGACUUGUGUAAAGAUGAAAUUGAUUAUAAAUUUGUUUCAGCAUGGAUUUAUAAAAUUUUGUUGCUAAAGACACAUUCUGAGAAGAUCUUGUAUUUAAAAACCAAACAAAAGGAAAAUUCUUUCGAAAAUUUCAAAAGUUUCACAAAACAAACAAAACGUGAAAAAAAAAACAAAUCAGUUUAAUGGAAACUCUUAAUGUUUUUGGGUCCAAGCAUUUGAUUCAUGGUUAUGUUUUGAACUGUUAUUAUGUGUUGACAUUUGAAACGUCCACUCUGACAUUGUCUUCUUUAUACAGCAUUAACGAGACCUACAGAUAUGAAAAUGAAAGAAUGUUCGAGGAGGUUCAUCAUCAGGAAAUUUUUUCACCAAAGUCUGACAUAUCUUCAUACGAGCUCAACAGUUACAACCUGUACAGUAUUUUGCAUGAAAUGACUCUGGAGUUUUACAUUUUGAAAUUGUCAUUUUCAUGAUUUAAUACACUUUCUAUGUAAGCCAA